AUGAUUCAAGCGAGUCGUUCCAUAAUUAAGGAGGUACGGCAAGCGGCGGAAAACUCGGCGCAUGGGCACAGUCUGGAAUCGCGACUGACCAUGCUCGAGGACUGCAUGGCCCGCUUUGGCGACGACCAACGCCGCAUUGCAGAAACAAUGCGACGCCUAGAAAUGGGUAUGGCACGCCAAGCACCGGAACACCAACUGGAAGGGACAGCACCGACCCGCCCCCACCACAAUGUGUCAUCGAACAACACGGAAUACGGUACGAGGUACUCCGCGGCACGCGAACCGCCGUCCGCGGGUAACCAGCACGCCGAACGUUCGGUACGUUUCGAUGACACGCCAAAUUUAUACCAUGCCCCCUCCUCCACACACACCUAUGCGUCACAACAAUCGACGCUGAUACCAUACGACGACGUAUGUGCAGCGAAACAUUCGCUGCCGGAGUUCCUCGGAACAACCCUGAGGACCCGGUCGGCCUGGACUAAUAUUGUCACGCAGCAGCUGAAGGGUGCAGCCAGUACAUGGUGGAACACCAUCAGACUACUGGACCUCACCUGGGAUGAGUUCCGCGCCGAAUUUUUAGAAAAAUUCGACAACGUGGAAAUACAAUCACGACUGCGGGCCGAGAUAGUAUCCGUCCGACAAACACAAACGCAAUCGCUUACGGAGUUCGUGACACAAAAAAACCAACUCGCGCGCCGCGUCAAUACCGGGCUAUCUGAAACACAGCUAGUCGGUACGAUAGCCGGUCUAACGCGCAACGAAUACCGCACGCAUAUCCGAUUGCAGAGACCAGUGACUUUCGGAGACCUCCGCCGGGUCGCUGGAAUCCUGGAAUACACACCAGACGAAACGCCCACACAACAGCAGCCGAAACCGGCGUACAAAUCACAUUCCCAAACCCACCCGCCCCAACCGAAGCUGCAACCGCGUACACGGGACGGUACUGCAGGUAAAACGCAACCGCCCAACCCGUGCAGGUACUGUGGAGGUCCUCACUGGAACAGUGACUGCCCCGGGAACACGCCGCGUUCGGGAAACGGGAAAUGA